AUGUGUCAUUUCAUACUUCUUCCAUUAUCUUACUCAGGUCAUCAAAUAAUCAUUAUCAGUAUAAUUUUAUUUUGUGGUAGUUAUCGUCUUUGUUUUCAAUAUGUCGAUGGUGCAAAUGAACCUUUCAUUACUAACCAUACAGAAAAAGUUUUAUCAAAAUUAAAACCAAAUGAUGAAAUACUUAUUCUCGGUAUACUUCUUCAACCUAUUUUCUUUAUUGAUCUAGUAAACAAUCCUGAUAAUACACCAUUUCAUCUUAAAUGUACAAAAGACAUGAUUAUAUUCAAUAGUAAGGUUAAUGCUCGUUGGUUGAGUGAAAUAAAAUUAAUACCAAGUCCAUUGGUAGUUAAUACAUCAUUUAUUAUUGAUAUUAUUCUUGAUGAAAAUGGUGGAUUUAAUAUUUCUUUUAAUGAACAUACACUUUUUAAAAUUAACAAACGUGAAUCAUUAGAAAAUGUUAAUCUACUUGAUAUCUAUGGAAAUAUAACUCUUAAAUCAGUUAGAAUUCUUCAUAUGACUAAAGAUGAAGAUAAUUCAUCAAAAAGAACAUUAAUUAUUGGUAUAGCAAUUACACUUGUCUUAGUAAUUAUCAGUGGAUUGGGUAUUUUUUAUAUACUAAGACGACAUUGUAUACGUUCAAAGUCAAAAAAAAAAGCAAAUAGUGAUCAAGAGUCAAUAAAUGAAAGUUUAGAAAGUUCUAGAAGUAAACAAACAGCAAAAUCAAAUAUUUCAUAUAUAACAGGAAAUUCAUUUCUUUCAUAA